AUGGGCGCCGCUCCCUCCGUGCCCGACGGCGGCGAUCCCACCGCCGUGACGGGAUCCGUGAGUGAUGUUCCGAAGGUCAGCGGCACCCACGAGUUCACGAUCCGCGACUACAGCCGCACUAAGGGCAGGGGCGUCGGCAAGUCGAUCCUCUCGCAGUACUUCACCAUCGACGGCCGCAAGUGGUACAUCCGCUUCUACCCGGACGGCUACAGCGCGGCGGACAGCGCCUGGGUAGCCUUGUACGCGCAGACGCUCUACAAGCCGCAGUUCCGCGCCGUGCGCGCCGAGUUCACCUUCCAGCUCCUCGGCGCCAACGGCGAUGUCCGCCACACGCGCCGCUCCGACCGGGCAUGCAAGUACGACACCUUCUGCAACAGCUGGGGCAUCCGCCGCUACAUCGACCGGAACUUGCUCGAGUCGGCCGCGCUCGCCGCCGUGCACAAUGACUCCAUCACCGUGCGCUGCACCAUCACGAUCCAUAAGGCACGGCGCAGGAGCGUCCCGGUCCCACGCCCUGGGCUCGUCAUGAUGCCGGACCAGCCGGCGUCAGUCCACGGGCAGAACGCCGUCAAGUUCCUCGCCAGCGGCAAGGCCCCCUUCGACGUGCGGUUCGAGGUGGACGGCGAGAUCUUCGAGGCGCACAGGAUGGUUGUGGCCGCUCAGUCGCCGUGGUUCGAGGGCCUACUCUACGGCCACGGACGCGAGUCCCGGGAGUCCGACCUGGCCGACGUCGGCGGCGGCGUGGUCGGCGCCGAGGCCUUCCGCGGCGUGCUCCACUUCAUCUACAACGACGAGCUCCCGGCGGCCACCCUCGUGACCGACAGCAAGAGGCGGCGGUACGAGGCGACGCUGCGGCUGCUCGAGGCCGCCGACUACUACCUCCUGGACAGGCUCAAGAUGAUGUGCGCCAUCAGCCUCGGAAACGACUUCAUCACCGAUUCCACGCUAACCACCAUCGCCGAGUACGCCGAGGCCUACUCGUGCAAGGAGCUCGAGCAGGCGUGCAGGAACUUCGCCGAGCGCAGAGGAGUAAGCUUGCUGCCGAACAUAGAGGUUAUGCAGAGAUUGAUGUCCCGCAUCUUCCUAGCUUCUCACGCGACGAACAGGAUCAGGCCCGGGCCCACGGGAGUGCGGCCCGUGCGGCCGCACAGGGCCCCAAAUUUUUGGGGGCCCAAAAUCUCUAAGUUAGCCUCUCAUAUAUAG